UCUUUCUUUUCUUCAAAACGUUUUCAAUCAAGCAACUGCGACAGUGGAGGCAAAAUCAUCAAUGCAAUGCUGCCGGUUACGAGAUGCAUAGAAUCUCUCACAUACUCGAGUGUUUUCUCAGCAAACGCCAGUUCUUCCUAGCAUCUUCCCAAUUCAAGUCUCGGUUUGACGUGCUUCACAGAAGUUUUCACGUUUCUAGAGCUCUCGAAGAUAAUUUCCGGAGAAGUAACGGGACCGGCUUAGUUUGUCUCGACAAGAGCCACAAAGAGCGUACGAAAAACUCCAACCACGAUGAAUUCGCGAGUGACGUCGAAAAGGCAUACAGAAUUUUGCGGAAAUUUCAUUCUAGGGUUCCGAAGUUGGAGCUCGCGCUUAACGAAUCCGGUGUUGAACUCCGACCCGGGUUAAUCGAACGGGUUCUGAAUCGUUGCGGGGAUGCUGGGAAUCUAGGUUACAGAUUCUUCGUCUGGGCGGCGAAGCAACCCGGUUAUUGCCACAGCUAUCAAGUGUACAAAUCAAUGGUGAAAAUUCUAAGCAAAAUGCGGCAUUUUGAAGCCGUCUGGGCUUUAAUCGAAGAAAUGAGGAAGGAGAAUCCGCAGUUGAUUGAGCCGGAAUUGUUUGUCGUUCUGGUGCGGAGAUUUGCGUCUUCGAAUAUGGUGAAGAAAGCCAUUGAGGUGCUCGACGAAAUGCCUAAGUUUGGUUUAGAACCGGACGAGUAUGUAUUCGGGUGUUUGUUAGAUGCGCUAUGCAAGAACGGUAGCGUUAAGGAUGCUGCAAAGCUUUUCGAGGAAAUGAGAUUGCGGUUUCCGCCUAAUCUCCGGUAUUUUACUUCAUUGUUGUAUGGUUGGUGCAGGGAAGGGAAGAUGAUGGAAGCUGAACAUGUUUUGGUUGAGAUGAAGGAAGCUAGGUUUGAGCCUGACGUCGUUGUUUACACUAACUUGCUAAGUGGAUAUGCUCAUGCUGGUAAGAUGGCAGAAGCUUAUGAUCUUUUGAAAGAUAUGAGAAGAAGAGGAUUUGAACCAAAUGCAAAUUGUUACACUGUUUUGAUCCAGGCGUUGUGUAAAGUAGAUAGAAUGGAAGAAGCAAUGAGAGUAUUUGUUGAGAUGGAGAGAUAUGAAUGUGAGGCUGACAUUGUGACUUACAAUGCUUUGGUUAGUGGGUUUUGCAAAUGGGGGAAGAUCGAUAAGUGUUAUAGUGUGUUGGAUGAUAUGAUAAAGAAAUGUCUCAUGCCGUCCCAACUCACCUAUAUGCAUAUCAUGGCGGCUCAUGAGAAGAAAGAAAAAUUUGAAGAGUGUUUGGAGCUGAUGGAGAAGAUGAAGGAGAUAGGUUAUCACCUCGAUCUUGGUGUUUACAAUGUCGUCAUCAGAUUGGCCUGCAAGUUGGGAGAAGUAAAGGAAGCUGUUCGAUUGUGGAAUGAAAUGGAAGCAAGCGGUUUGAGUCCAGGAGUAGAUACGUUUGUUAUUAUGAUCGAUGGAUUGACAAACCAAGGUUGUCUCCUCGAAGCCUGCGAUCACUUCAAAGUAAUGGUAAGUCGAGGACUGUUCUCCGUUCCACAAUACGGAACUCUGAAAUCAUUGCUCAAUGCACUCUUAAGAGACGGGAAGCUAGAAACGGCUAAAGAUAUUUGGAGUUGCAUCAUGAGUGAAGGCAGUUGCGAGCUGAAUGUAUCGUCUUGGACAAUAUGGAUCCAUGCAUUGUUUUCUAAAGGUUAUGUAAAGGAUGCGUGUUCUUAUUGUCUUGAAAUGAUGGAAAUGGACUUCAUGCUUCAACCCGACACAUUUGCUAAGCUUAUGAAGGGUUUAAAGAAACUGUAUAAUAGAGAAUUCGCUGUUGAGAUUACUGAGAAAGUGAGGAAUAUGGCAGCUGAAAGAGAGCUGAGUUUUAAAAUGUAUAAGAGGAGAGGUGUGGAGGAUUUGACUAAGAAAGCUAAAGCUAAAAAAGAUAGAGAAGGGAAGUUGAAGCGGAGGACUCGAUAACUGUGAGUU